UUCUCCUGCUUCCAUUUUUUUUUCUUUUUUGUGUGGUUCCUAAGGGGACAAAUCAUUGAAAUUUUAUUUCACAGAAUUUUUUUCCAACUGGAUCUACCCCACCUCAGUGCUCCAAGCCCAAAACUCUGUGCUUAUAAAGAGCAAGCAUCGCCACCUCCUUUGCACAUAUCAACCUCUUGACUUGGGAUAUCUUUUCUUUGACUAAAGCUAGUUAGCUAUCUCUCCCUCAGUUAUCCUUACUAUCAUUAUUCUUUGUUUUCUUUUUUCUUACGAAAUGGCAUCAAGCUCAAUGUCAUCUCGUGGGUCUGGUUCAUGGACAGCACAGCAGAACAAAGCAUUCGAAAGGGCUUUGGCUGUGUACGACAAAGACACACCUGAUCGUUGGGCUAAUGUCGCCAGGGCAGUUGGUGGCAAAACCCCUGAAGAAGUGAAGAGGCACUAUGACCUUCUUGUUGAAGAUGUCAAGUAUAUUGAGUCUGGCCAAGUUCCUUUUCCUAAUUACCGGACUACUGGAACCAGAGGUAACAUGGAUGAUCAUGAGAGGAGGAUGAGAAACCUAAAGCUCAACUGAGCUCCAACAGAACUGAAGAAUCACCAACAGCCAUUGAGAAGAACCCACUAUUCUCUUCCCCCUUAAUUUUUAUUAGCAGCAUAUGUUUCUAAUACUAAACCUUAUUCCUCUUCUUUACUUUUCCUUUUUCCCUCUAAAGGUUUUGUUCUAGUUGUUGUCUUUUUUAAUCAAUGUGCUGAUAUAUAAAUGUAACCAAGGAAGAAAGCCUUUGAAUCUUUUUGAUUCUUGCUUUCUCAUGUGCUUUCCUUGUCUAAGAUGUUUCUAGAUUUUAUAUAAUAUUCUAUGAUAAAUUAAAUAUA